AUGCCUCGCCAGGUCAUCUCCAAGCCGAUCAUGGGUCCGGCUCGCCGCACCCGCGCUCACAGCCAGGCUCUCAUCAACAGUGCCGGUGCUACCGCUGCCGUCAGCAAGAUGACUGGCACUGCUGUGCCCAACCUCAAGGGAUCGAACACCUCGACCACCGAGCCCCAGAUUGAGAAGGUCAAGAAGGUCCUGAAGGCCAAGCAGGUCGCGAAGGGCAAAAAGGUCCAGAAGCCGAAGCCUCGCUUCGACACUUUCCACCCGUUCCCCCGUCUCCCUAAUGAGAUCAAGGCAAUGAUCCUUUGCGAGUACAUCGACUUCGAGCCUGCCAUCAUCUACGCUGACUGCAAGGCGAACAAGAACGACCCGGGCCUGAUCGACGUCAACACUGGCAAAGACGGCAGACACUCGAAAUACAAAUGCCUCGCUGAGCUCACCAAGGGCCUUCCCGACUUCAAAGCCUACAUUGAGCGCCAAAUUGGUAUCUCCUUCCAAGACUUGUCCCACAGCCCCGAGGAAGGCGUGCGCAAGGAUAAGGAUCUCAUGGUCCUUAUCUUCAGCGAGAAUGGGGGACGUCACCUGAAUUGGUACAGCGACUCCCAGCGGAAUCUAAAUCGCGAGCUCUUUGUUCCUGGUAUCGAGAACAUUGGCGUCAUGUACGAUUCGAGCCGCCUUUGCGGCAUGAGGCAGGUCUCUGGACGCACUACUCGUCCUUGCUCCAUUCCUUCUCUCAGUAUGAUGAUCAUGAACCUUCGUGACAUCAAGAACUUCUACGUUCUUGUCAAGCUGCGCGGCGGCAGUCAGGCUGAGCAGAGGAAGUGGAUGAAGAAGCGGCUUCGCAUUGCGAAGCGUCCCAACAAGGAUCUCGUAGUCUUCGAGGACAAGCAGAGAACUUGGGUGGAGAUCACUCGGUACACCGCCAGACACCAGGCAAAUGGCUCUCUUCUUAGAGAUGUCGUCAAUUUCCUCAUACUGACUGAGCAUUUCUACCAUUCAACAUGCACCAUGUAUAAUGGAGCCCCCAACGUCCGAUUCCGCAUCCUGGUGGCGUCGCAUUUCCUGAACAAGACCCUGGAAAUUUGA